AAAUUGUACGAUUUGUUGUUUGUGGAUCUAGCAACUCCGUGCAACUACUUUGAUUGGUCAACAUUUUACGUCUCCUUCCCGCAUUCCACGGGCUGUUAUUUUUGUAGCGCUAUUUUUAUCUGUUUGCAUAUUGUAACAUCCACAAGUCCCCAGUGUUGCGCUGUUCAUGCAUAUAACGUAACAUUAUAAACAACUAGGCUUAGAAAUACAUUUCCCAGCAUUCCCAACGCUGUGCGGCUUUACGAUUGGCCAACAAUUGUUUUUUCAUAGGUCUCUGGUGGAAAUAGGUUUCUUUCAAAAAAAAUCUGAGACGUUCAUCUUGAUCGUCACAGUCACGAAAACCCGCGACUAAACCCUUUAAUCUAUUAGGCGAGAGUUUCGUUGGUCGCGAUGAAUGGAUUUAUGAGGAGUUCUUGCUCUGGUUGAAGGUGUCAACUGUUCGUCCUAAAGCAGACUGAAGAUGGAGGAUGAAGACUUUUUACUCGCUCUUCGUUUACAAGAGCAGUUUGAUCAGGAGACCGCGAAAGCUGGAUGGACUGAUGAAGACUAUCCGUCCAGCAAGAAGCGUAAGAUUGACUCCUGCUCUCAGCCCAGACCAGAGAGACCGCUGUCCGUCGUGGACGAGUCGUGGGAGAUGCUGGACCCCAAUCCGGACGUGAGAGCCAUGUUCCUGCAGUUCAAUGACCAGUUCUUCUGGGGGAAACUCAGCGGGGUGGAGGUCAAGUGGAGUCCACGAAUGACACUAUGUGCUGGUGUUUGCUCUUAUGAGGGAAGAGGAGGCUUGUGUUCAGUUCGACUCAGUGAACCAAUCCUGAAGCUCAGACCGCGCAAAGAUCUUGUACAGACUCUUCUUCAUGAGAUGAUCCAUGCUCUUCUCUUUGUGACUCAAAACAAUAGAGAUCGAGAUGGCCAUGGUCCAGAGUUCUGCAAACACAUGAACAGAAUCAACCAAGCAAGCGGCACUAACAUCACUAUAUAUCACUCCUUCCACGAUGAGGUGGACGUGUACAGGCAGCACUGGUGGCGCUGUAAUGGACCCUGUCAGAAUCACAGACCAUUCUUUGGAUACGUAAAGCGUGCGAUGAACAGGCCUCCCUCGGCAAGAGACCCCUGGUGGGCUGAGCACCAAAGGACCUGCGGUGGAACAUACACCAAAAUCAAAGAGCCAGAGGAUUAUGGGAAAACAGGCAAAAGUGAUAAAAAGAAAGACAAGAAUCCUUCUGAUAAGACCUCCAAGAAUCCGAAGCCUCCAAGCAGCACAACAGGCUCUGGCUCACAAGACAUCAGAAAUGUCAUUCCAUUCAGUGGGAGAGGGUUUAUUCUUGGAGGGAACACACAGACUUCCACGGACAAGCAGAGUCAGAGUCUUCCUAAAGCUCAAUCCGAACCUCUCGCCUCUCCUCCUGACUCACCGCUUCUUCCAAGACUACAGCCCAUCGAGGCAAACUCGUUCAAAAGAGUCAGCUCAGGUGUAUCGAAUGUUCCCCGCAGAAAGUCUGUUAGUAACACUAAUGCCUUCAUCAACGUCAAUGGCUCACCUGUGAGAAUUGCCAAAGUCAAUGACUUAAGAGGCAAGCAGAGGUCGGUACGAGAUCUCUUCCAGGCCAUAGUCCUCAAAUCUCCAGAGAGAGCAGCCAAUGCGGCUGGUUCCUCCAAGCCUGCUACUGAUGCCUCAACAGCAAACCCUGCUAAAUGCAAUGGACCAUCUUCGUCUAGUGCCUUAGACGGGCAAACUAGCCUGAUCAAUAACCAUCAUUCAUACAGUGCCACAGUGCCAAAGCCUACCUCAAUAGAGUCGCAUCUCUCCAAAUAUUCCGGAAGCAGUGCUCAAAGUUCGAAAUUCCAAGAUUUGGGAAGCCCCCAAAAGUCUGCAACUGGCACACCGGGUUACUUUUCUAAGCUCUUCGGAAGUAACCAAAAACUAGGAUCAGAUGCUACGAGCUCGGGAUUCCGAAACACUGGCAGUCCCCAAAGUUCACGUACUUCAACAACUACUUCAGCGUCCAGUUCUAAGCACUUUGGAGGCUCCGAAAAGCCUGCAUCCAACUUUCCAAGCCCUAGAAGCUUUGGCAGCCCCCGGACAUCAGGGACGAUGCCUUCAGGAGCCAAGAAGAGAUCGUGGGAAGAGCAUAAAUCUGAACAUAUCUUUGAUUACUUCCAGCGGACAAAUGACAAGUCCGCCACGUCCACAGUGCAGCAGAGAGAGGAGGUGGAAGACACGGGUCUGCCUGCAGUCAGGGAUCAGCAAGCAAACAAUCCUCCGAUCCAGAUCACCGUCCACUGCCCCGUGUGCCACGUCAAAGUACCUGAAUCCACAAUUAAUGAGCAUCUGGAUUCCUGUCUGUCAUAGUCACUGAAAGGAAGGCCAUAGGGCUUUAGUAAAGCUAGGAGAGGUGUUUACUAUGAUAUUCAUAUUUCAGGUAUAGCUUCGAAUAGAAAGAUAAAAAAGAAUUAUGUCAUAGUGGUGAGAUAUUGUAAUUCCAAUGCAAUAGCUAUAAGCGAUAGUUAAAAUAAAUGUAUAAGUUAUUGGUAGCACAAUACCCUAAAAAGCGUGCCACACUUCCUUUUGUACUUUUGUGCAGUUACUGACUUAAUCUACCUCGGUUUUGUAACAAGAGCAUUUGCAUCAUGGGAAGAAUGUUGGGCGCGAUUGACAGCUUAGAUGAAACUGAGUGAGUGGUUUAAAGAGGCGUCACUUACUGUCCUUGAUGUCCGCGGUUCAUGUCGAAUCAGCAGUACUGAAUUUCGCACGCGUUUGGCUGUCCGCUGUGGGAUUUAGAUGUGCUUAGCUUUCUGCCGGUUCAGGUUUUGCAAGGUUGCUUACAUCUCGGUGUCAUCAAUAACAGCUCUGUCAGGUUGACCAUGAUUGGGGACGGAGCUUGUGCCACCUUCUGCAUAAUAAUUUCACAUCUACUUUGUGCCCUAGAGGAAUGCACACGUUCAAAAACUAACCCCACCCAGAAGUGAAUAUUGGGUGUGCAGGUUAAAACCUCCUGAUAUGAUGAUAUAUAGUUAAGUCACGAGUAUUGUUGUGUUUCAGAUCUAGAGACCCCACCUUAGAAGGAAACAAUGCCUGAUGACGAGUUCACGCUGCUCAGGUUACCUGUAGAACACGCAGAUGUUACUUUUGGCGUGGUUCACUUAUAGGCCCGUGAGCGUAACAUUGAUUUACCUUCGUAAAAAGAGGCAGGACGCAUUGAUUUGUUUAGUGUUUGAGGUGCUGCAGGCGUCUGUGAUGUCAUUCGUAAUGUAUGCAUGCCGUUUUAACAUGCACUACAAGUUCUCGAGGCAAACCGUGCUGUUAAUGCAUCAUUCUCUGUUGGGAGCGAAACUUUGCACAAUUUAUUGUUGGCCAAUUUAGGGUAAAAUUGUUUGUUUUAAAAUGGUUUUAUAUUGAUACUCUGUUUUAAGAUAAAAGUGAGAAUUUUAUUAAGUGGUUAUAAAUGUUUGUAUGUUUUAAGUGGAUUUUCUAUCAUGUUUUAAAACCUCAGAAUUGUGCCUGAUUAAUUUUUUUGCC